ACAAAGUCAGGUGCAGUGUCAGGUGGACUUGCGAGGAAGUGUACACUGAUCUUUAGCUAAAAGGGAUGAGUUGUGAUUUCUUAUGGCCACGGACGGCAUACGACAGCGUCGAGGUCGAACAGAUAACAGCCUCGUGCACGUGUACAAUACGAAAGAAUUGUUUGCUGCCUUGCAAAAAGCAAAAGAGGACGAAGAAACUCUAAAAAGCAAGAUGGCAAGGCUAGAAAAUGAGAAUGCUACCCUGAGGUCACGUGUAGACUCUCUUCGAAAGGCAACAGCUCCAUCAAUAUUUAAGAAAAUUGAAGGAACAGACAUGCCACUUGGUUAUGGGCGUAGGCCUCUUACUCCAUCUACUGGAGACUCUAACGGACACCUGCAGUCCAACAGAGUGGUUCUACCAUCACCCACUAGGACCGGACAAGAAGGGAGACUAGCGAGUCUGCAUCCUGCAACUAAUGUAUAUGGACUCACUCGGAAAAUUGCCGAUUUAGAAAGUCAGUUGUCUACUAUGGAGAAAAAGAGAUUACAAGAGAAUGCUCGUUGGCGAAAGAAAUAUGACGAUCUUCAAGAGAAAUGGAUGAAGACCAGACUUUGUCCAAACGAGGAGCAUACAAGAAGUCAGUUACGAAGUAAGAGCAGAGUUGUUCGACAGUCAGAAUUACCUGCCCAAACUCAACUAGCAGACAAACUAAGACUAGAAAUUCAGGAACUGCGUGACAUAAACAAAAAGCUGCUACUAGAAAAUGGAAAGCUUUCUCACCACUUGGAAAUGGUAAAGACUGCGUCUGGCUCAGAGGACAGACAAAAGACUGAAAGAGAUAUAAGUCGGAAGUAUCGUGACAUGCUGGAUCGUAGUGAGAGAAAGAUUGAAGAACUUCAGAGAACAAAUUUGAAGCUACACUCGAUGUUAAAGGAUGUCUCAUGCAAACUACGUUCUGGUUCAAGGGCCGCACUAUUUAAAGACAGCUUUUACGUCUCUACAAAGAAUAUGACCUAACGAUGCCCAUUCGGUCGAGACACUCAAUCUCAAAUGUCAAUGAAAUACUACAAUAACUUAUUCCGAUUUAGUACAUGAUUUCUAUAUAUUUGACAAUGUGUUAGUGUAAUAUGAAAUUGAGCAAUGUGUCACUGUUAGUACAACAGAAUAAAAUAAAACUUAUUUGUCAU